AUGCUUUCAGAAAGCAAGCAAAGAGAACGAGCAUUGGAGGAAUCCAAACUACCUUCUCUCGAUUUGCCAUUAACCCACACCAAAACGGAAGAGAGCAAUGCUUCUGUCACGACCCAUUCUAAUGCUGCUGUCAAUGCCAUUCGACAAUUGAAAGAUUCUCAUCAUCAUCAGCUCACCAUUCAAGUUAAUAAUAAUCAUGGCAAUAACCAUACUCAUCACAACAACAACAACAAGGACACCAACAAUUGCCAUUCAUCAUCUAAACAUGUCCGAAUCGAAUCUCUGAAAAACAUUCCUUCUCAAUCUGUGGCUGAUUAUUAUUGUGGCCAUCAGGAUUUCAUGACACUCACAACUUCACCUUGCUCCGAUGAGAGUGAAAAUGCAGCUCCUUCUUCGGAAACACCUUCCACUCCAACCAUCACUUCUUCCCAAAUCAUGACAAUGCUCAAUCAAUCAUCAUCAUCCCCGAUGAAUAUAAUUCAUAGUAAAUCAUGUCCCACCAUGGUCGUUCCAACAACAACAACCACAGCCUCUUCUUUUUCUCAUGAUGAUGAUAAUUCCACGACCAUGAAUUAUUCUUCACCUCCUCCCACUGGGAGAAAUGAGAUGGUUUCUCCUUCGUCAUCUCCAACCUCUGCGUGUGGUUCAAGUAGUUACAGCUAUCCAUCACCACCUUCCUCUCCUUCUCAUGUUAGUGUUCAACAACAGCAAACAUCAGCUUGGAAACGAUUUGGCCUAUUGAGGAGAAAGAAGAGUCAAGAACCUCUUGCAAAUACUCACAACUCUCCCUCAUCCACACGUGUGGAUCAGGACGAUUACGGUAAUAGCAACAGUCCAUCGAGCAUAAAGAGUCUCGGAAGUGAUCAUGCCCUUUCUUCCUUCUCGAAAAAACAAAAUUCCAACCACAACUCUUCAACAACGAAUGUAGCCAAUACUUCCAUUCAACAUGAUUUGAAUGAUUACCUCUUCAGCUAUGAUGCUGUUCUGGAAAAUUCCGAAGCUUGUAACUUGUUUCUGCAAUAUCUCAAUGAAAAGAGAAGUCCCGAGAGUUUACUCUUCAUGAUGAGUGUUAAGGAAUUAAGGAAAUGUUUCCAUUCAACGACGAGUAUUGUAGCAGCAGCAACAUCAUCGUAUGAUACCAUUUCCAAUAACAGCAACAAUUGCGAAUCAGCCCUAUCAUCAAGUUUAGGUUCUAACGGUUCUAAUCAUCACGGAUUGGAUACAUUCUCUUCAAACAGCAAUGUUUCUCAAACCACACCUCCUCUCCUUCAUCAUCACCAUCACGUUCUAAAUUCAAAUUCGUUACCUCAUCUCAGAAAUAUGUUACGAAUGAUUGAGGAAAUGGAUUCCAAAUACUUCAAUAGCUUUUCCAAUAUUGAACUCAAUUUACCUCUACACUUACAUGAACCCUUCUCUAAAUUAAUGGAAGAGUUUGAAUUGAAGAAGGACAAGUUUAUGAACGGAACGGGCUCGAAUGGCCGUUCCCAUCACGGAUCAACAGAAGACUCGCUCGAAGAAGAAAUAUAUGCCAUAAUCAAACGGUUCAUGUCUGAGUUUAAGCGAAUUGAAAAUUAUUUGAGUUUGAAUUUAAAAGAUGCGCAAUUUCAAGAAUUUGUGGAAUGGAAUGAAUUUAAAACGUUGGUUCAGACGAAGGGGUUUGCAUUUCUGAAUUCUAUUGCAGAGUUAAAGCCAUUUAGUCACACAAGUUUUGUGGAAUCUCUCACUGAAAUGAAUAUUCCAAGAAUUACAGUGAAACAAUGCAAAUUAAUCAAAAACAUGAUGUUAAAGAACAAUAGUUUGUGGAAUACACUCAUAUCGAAACCAAACUAUACAGUGAGCUUAUCCAAUAAUCAGUAUCUUCUUGGAAACGAAGCAACAUCCUCAACUAACGGAGGAGUUCAAUUUUUUAAAUAUGAUAUCAUCUUUCCCUAUCCAAAGAGUGCUGUCAUUAACACGCUACUAAGCACGAAAAUGCGUUUCAAAUUCGAUAAGAACACCAAAGUCCUCUCAAAAAUUGAUUAUCAACCUAGACAAGAUGAAGAGCAUUUGGCUACCACAAUAACCCAAGAGGUUUAUGCAUUUCCUUUUCCAUUUCAAGCAAGAGAGUUUGUUCUUGCAUGCUCAUUAGUGAAUGACAGUACCGAUCAGUGCACCAUGUUGUGUGUGAGAUCGUGUGAAAGCGAUAAGGCUGCUCCUUUAAAAAGAACAGUAUUUGCUGUGAAUAUUGGUGGAUGGGUUUUUCAAGAUUUACCUGGAUCACAAUGUCGAUUCAUUCAAUUUGUGGGAGCUGAUUUUAGAGGUUUACUUCCUAAAAGUCUUGUCACCAAAAACAUUUCAAAACGAGCAAGAUAUUAUUAUGCUGAUACCUUGAAACUGUUCGAGGCGAAUAGAAAAGAAGGGUUUCCUGAACCUAACGAUGAUCCAAUAUUUGAGAGUUUUAUGAACACACUAAAAGAAAAUGGAACUAUUGCCUUGUAG